AUGGCGCCUUCCAAGACAAGAACCAUUAAGAACAAGCACGCCGCCAACGGCUCCGGCAUCAAGAACAGCAAGAAUGCCGCCAAGAACGCGAGCGCCGUGCCCGACGGCAUCGUCAGGAAAUCCAGAGACACCCCCAAGGGAACCAAGCCGCUGAAGUCCAAGGGAAAGUCGAACCUCGACGCCCUGCUGAAGAAGCGCAAGAAGAAGGUCUACACAGAGGAGGAGCUCGACAUUCCCAAGCUGAACAUGAUCACACCGGUCGGCGUGGCGAAGCCCAAGGGCAAGAAGAAGGGCAAGAUUUUUGUCGACGAUAGGGUACAGCUCAUCUCCGACUGCGCUUUUCUCGACUUUGUAAUGGCUGACCCAAUUAAACAGGAGAGCAUGACGACCAUCCUUGCAAUGGUGCAGGCCGAGAAGGAGGGUCAGAUCGAGUCUAAGAUGAUGAAGGCGAGACAGAUGGAGGAGAUCCGUGAGGCCCGCCGGAUAGAGGCCGAGAAGAAGGAGGAGGAGAAGAAGUCGAAGCUGGAGGACACCAAGGACUCCCUGCGGAAGAAGAGGAAGCGCGCCACCAACAGCCGUCCCGAGAACGAGGAGAACGUCAACCACAUCGCGAUCUCCGGGUCCAGGGCCGCCAAGCCCAAGAAGAAGAAGAGCGUCUCGUUCGAGUAA